CUUGCCAGAGCUGUAAAGCGGAGUCGAGUAGCUGAGCCGAGUGGUUGGAACUUUGCUCGAGAGAUGGAAAGAGGUAUAAAUAAAUAAAAUUCCGGGCCACCACCCAAGAAGGGAGGAGUGAAAGCUCCUGACGAAGAAGAAGAAGUGGGUGAAAAAGAGAGAGAGAGAGAGGAGGGAGUGUGAGAGGCGGACAAAUGAAAGGAGAGAGAAAAGAGGAAAUUUUGCUGGGGAUUUCGGAGAACUGCGAGCGAACUUCCCGGACCUAGCUAGACAAAAGUGGCGACAGGAUCCAACUGCAAACGCCGGGGAAGGAUAUACGCGUUUUGUGGCUCUGGUUCACUUGGCACUGCCUCUUGGCGGAGGCAGCGGAUCGGGGCGACUACAAAAGCAGGAAGAACGACAGGACCGUCCUGUGAGUCACCCUGAGCUGUGGGGAAAAGGAAAAGGACGUUGGAGUGUUUUCUUUGCAAAGAUGCCCAUCCUCAAGCAGUCUCCCGUCUCCCACUCCAAGAAGCGGCCGCGUUUGGACCGGGCCAUGAUCAGCGCCCCCUUGGGUGACUUCCGGCACACGAUGCACAUCGGCCGUGGGGGAGAUGCUUUUGGCGACACGUCUUUCCUCAGCAACCACGGGGGCUCCAAGGCCAACGGGCUGCCUCCCGAUGUGUCCCCUGGGGCCUUCUCUAGCCCUGGAGAUGCCCGCUUUGAACUGUUGUCUCCCCCCGGGAGCGGGAAUGGCAUAGUUCAGAGCCCGGCGACGUCGACCCCAGAUGGCAGCUUUGUGGCCCUGCAGACCCCGGAGAAGGCAGAGCGGCAGAAGCCCUCUAACGGAAGGGACUGGGACCUGCCCCAGAAGUUCCCCUUGGAGAGCCCCACGUUGGAACAUGCUGAAUCUCUCCUCUCUUUCCAGUUGGACUUGGGGCCUUCCAUCUUGGACGAUGUGCUGGGAGUGAUGGACAAAGACUGGGACAGCAUCAGAGGGCAGGAACAAGAACCGCUGAGGGUCGAAAGCUCCAGCCCAAAGGGGCACCUCCAUCGCGGUGGUGAAGAAGACGAGGAGGAGGAGGAAGAAGAAGAAGAGGAGGAGGAGGACGACGAAGGGCAGGGCUACAGUUUUGAGGAUGAACAGGACGAAGAGAUUGGACUAUAGGAAAGAAGAAGAGCGGUAUUGGUUUCGAUCGCUUUGGUUUCUCUAGCUGCCCCCCACCCCAGCACUACUCCUGCCCUUUUUUGGCAGAAUUUCUCAGCCCCUCUGAUGUGAGUUGGUCCAUGGGCCAAAUGUUGUCUGCAGAUGACUGCUGCUUGACCCAUCCCAAAGAGCCAUUGAUCUCAAAUCUCUCGUGGUUGCAUUCAAGAGGACAAUGGACAGGGGCAGGCAGGCUGUACCUCCAGUGUGAUUCUUGCCGUCUCCCUUCUCUUGUGUGAGAAAAGUACUGUGCAACUGAGAAAACACACACUGACCUAUUAUUGUACUCCCUCCCUAGGCAUGGGAUGAAACAGAUAUUUUGAUGCACUAAAAAUGCAUCCUGGUUAUAAGGCGUCUCAGAAUCCAAGGUUGUGCACCACUGAUACCAUCUCUGUCUCACCUUCCACUUCUCCGUUGUUUUAUGCAACCAUCCAUCAGGCUACCUUGCCAAGGACGAUUCCCUCUCCUACACUUGUACUGUUGGUUUCAGUCUCUAAACCUGGAACUGUUUUUUGAGAGUGCUGGAAGGGCAGGCGGGCUGAUAACUUGACAGAUGGGUUGGAAAUAAAUUGGCAUGUUUGUGGAAGGAUGGAGGGAAGGAGGUAUUCUGAUGUACCUGUCCAGCUACUUAGCCAAUCAUUAUAUUGUUUUCUUACCCCACUAGCAUAUUCAGCAGUGUGAAGUUAUCCCUCUGCUUAUUUGCCUGCCCACCAUUUUCUUUUUAAUCUCAUCCACUCCUUGACCCUGGUGCUCUUCUGUCUGUCCAGAUACCCAUUCACUGGCUACUUCUUUCUCUUCAUUCAUUCAUUCAUCAGUGUAUCUGUAUAUCCAGCAGCAGCAGGACUGACAACACUGCAAGGCCUCCAUGGCUGGCCCUGCUCUUGGGGAGAGUGAAGAGGCUGCUUCAGGCAGCAGAUGCUGAGGGACAGAAGCUGCAGGCCUUGGCUAUUCCUCCUGAGCCAGCAGACCCCCCCCCCCUGUGUUGCCAUGUGACCUGCCCUGAGCACCUUAAUCUGGCUUGUUUCCUUGGGGUGGUGAAGGAUCCCAUCUCAUCAGCACUGAAGUAAAAAUAAACUGCAAGUCAAGUUGACUUCUGUACGGGGAAUGGAGUGGAGCCGCCAUCUUUGCUUCAGCAUAGGAAGACAAUGUAGGGCAGGGCUUCCCAAACUUGGGUUUUCCAGCUGUUUUUUUGGACUACAACUCCCAUCAUCCCUAGCAAGCAGGGCCAGUGUUCAGGGAUGAUGGGAACUGUAGUCCAAGCUGGAGACCCAGGUUUGGGAAACUGAUGUAGGGGAAGGAAGACAAUGGAAGCUUUGGGGGAGGAAGUUGAGGGCAAUGGGUUUGCUGUUUAGGGUGAAAGAAAGCAGAGGAGCUUUCUCACCUCCCUUCUCAAAGGGCCAGUCAAGAGAUUAUGAUGAAGGAAAGAGGAAUUACUUGGGCGUAAUGUGAACUGAUGGUUGAGCAAAAGUGUAAACAGUUCUUUACAGUUCUUGGAAUUGUUGAGCAAUUCACCUAGUCACCCAUGGUGGCUGUAACAAUUGCCUGCAGGCGACUAAGCAGAAAUGAGUUUGUAGAUUGUAAGAAAGGUGUGGGUUCCCAACCCCUCUCCCCCCCAAUUCUUCAGUCGACCAAAGUACCAAAAUGACUAACAAAGAUACAUGUGGGAAAGUGUGUGUUUACAUUUUUUGUGUAUAUCUGUGCACACACACACACACAUGUUGUCUCAUUAGUAGCUUUUUGUAAACUUAUUUGCCAAUGGCCAAACUGGGAAAUGCACAACUGAGAAAAUAGUACACAAUCUUUUAUUUUUUAUUUUUUUCGGUUGUUGCCGUUUAAAGCUAUAAUGGGGUCAGGGUUGCAUCAACAGAACACCUCUCCAUCAAACAUGAACUGGACAGCCUUCUAAAUUUGGUACUUUAAAAGCUGGAUACAAUUUAGUGGGCUAGAGAGGAUAAUAACUGGAGGGGGAUCUACUGGCUGAUACUGACAGACCUUCCUUUUUUAAACUAAAAAAAAAUCCACAACAAAUAAAAAGGCCAGAUCCCCAGCCACCCCCUAAUCACCUGGUCUUCCGUCCCUCUGUUAAAAAUAACAUUCUUACAGAUGUUCUUCCUAAAACCUCCUACAUGGAUAUUGUUGGCAGAAAUCUGUUUUCGUUCGCGUCUUGUCUCCUGAGCAUCCGCACAAUAUCAGUUGGUCCUUGGUGAGAAGUUAAGCUAUCCCUUCACCAAAUCCCCAGUUGUCUCUCUUGUGCUAUCUUUCCCACAUCUUCCUCUGGUGCCAACGACCAGCUUGCUAAUCCACCAUCAAACUCCUGUAAUGGUGAGAUAAGUAACGCAGCCUAGAUCACCACCUCUCAGCAAGUCAGUUUUAAAAGAUGGGAAACGAUUGCUUUUUUAUUUCCCUAGGUGCUUGCGGGUGUUUGUUUCUUACUUACGCUUUGUGUAACUUUCGCCAGAUUCGUUAAUCACAGUUGAAAAGGUGUAACUGGAUUGUACAGUGCCCUUCCAUGCAGAGUUCUUCACCUUCUGGGACAAAAUCGGUAGUUUGCAUUACCCCAAAGGGAUUUUGCCGCUUCUUAAGCUUCCCACAUAAUGGGGACAAGACUCCACUGUGUCAGUAAGAAAAUUGGAUGGUGGUACCUUGUACGUUCUCACUGUCAGCUCUGGGACUAAUAGCUUGUAUGACUCUUCGGGUGGCAUUUUUUUCCUACCCAGAUCUCUGUGCUCUUGUUAGUGAAAUGGCAAUUUUGAAAGUAGUAGAAGGACUGUUCUUUAAUGUCACCAAGAACUGCAUUUGUUACGGUGUUUGCUUGCCAUGCACAGUGAUAAGAUUUGCCUUUUAAUAUACCGGUAUACAGUAGACCUGCAACUUAUUCCGGGGAUCGUGCAUAAACCCAAAAUCACAUACAGUAUAAACGCAUUGGGUGCAAUAGCAGGUGGGAUUGCCAAAGUUUUCUCCACCCACCCCCCAAUGCUCCCAUUCCGCCCCCCUUUUAACAUCUUUCCCCACCAAGUGCAUAACAGAAGAGGGGGGGGGAGAGAGCAAGUUAAAUGUGCGUAAGUUGCAGGUCUGGUGUGCUGCAUCUCUCAGCAAGGAGCUACUGAUUGUGAGAAUGGGACUCGAUGCCAAAGAGUUGGUGUGUAACGUGGCGAAACCUAGAGCUACCCAAGCCUCUCCAUCUGGGAAAGGAGGGAAGGUUUUAAUAUGUUAAGGAGCUCAAAGGAAUUCUGUUGAAUUUCCCAGAAACUGAGUAAGAGUAGUGUCAGUAGGGAGGGAAACUCCGAUACCGUAGAAUGUCUAGACAGAGAAGUGCAAUUUCUGGCCCUCCACAUGUUUGGACUCUGGCAUCAUGGCCAAUGGCCAGAGAAAAUGGGAGUUGUAGUUCAGAAACAUCUGGAGGGCCGCCAGUUCCCAAAGAGUCUAGUCUAGAAUGCUCAUUCUCUGCUGGAGUUGUUUUGGGGUGAGGAGGUAGAAGAACCCAUAAUGAAAUCCUCAAGCCACACUUCCUGCUUCUCUCGAAAAUCUUAGCCAUAUAAUGCCCCACAGUAGCCUUCUAAAGCCAGAAUCUAUGAGGUCUGUCACAGAAAGCAGAGGGUAGAAUCCCCACGGCCCUCUAUAAUAAGCGUUGACUGCUUGGGCUUGCUGAAUGUAAUCUGCAGCCGCCAUUUAUGGGGGCUGCUCAAGCACACUGGCCUUCAGUGAAUAUGCACUGGGACCCAAAAGAAGUGGGUUGCUGGAGGAGGAGGAAGAGGAGAAGGAGGAGGAGAAGGCAAGUAGAAAGAUGGGUGGGGUGGAAAAGAGGGGGGGGAGUAUAUCUACACUACCAUCUAAUAAAUUUAUUCCAAUGCUUGUUUCACUUUAAUAGCUUCCCCACUCCCCAAUCCUGGCAACUGUAAUAAAGUGUUGAUUGAUUGUUGUUUUGUGUGGGUGGGGGAAAAUAACCUCUGUAGGAUUGCUCUACCCAACGCCAUGUACACUACAACUCCCAAGGGUUCCCGGGGGGGGGGGAGAGGAAUUACUAUUAAACCACCCUAUUUGCAAUGUGGAUUUGCUCCAGAAAGAGGAGAGAGGGAGUGGAGUCGUGCACAUCCUGAAAAUUGCACAGGACGGCGCGAAAGCUGGGACCAGAGUUGGAGAAGGUUGUGCUUGUAGGAGAACUGAAGAGCCUUUUAAUUGGAGAGCUGGAAUUCCUGUGGAUUCCUUCUCUGAAGGGAGUGGGCAGUUCAUUGGUUUUAAAAUAUAUUUCCUGUUUUAUGCCUUAACUUAUUGCGUAACCUCAAGUUGUCCCCCUCUCACUGUGGACUCUCUCUCUUUUUUAAAAAGGGAAAUGUGAAAAAUGAUUUCCUGCAGUGACCGUGUGUCUCUGAUAUGUAUAUAUUUUUAAAGUUAUUCCAAGCAUGCAUCAACAAGGUCCAGCCACAGACUGCAAGAGAGAUGAGGGCUGGACUCUGAUCUCUGUUCCCUUUGGGAGGGCAAAAGAUUUCUUUGUUAUCCUCAUUUAUUCACCCCCCCCCCACCAAGUGAACCCUAGGUUGUAGAUUUUGCUGCCUUUUCGCAAUCCCUUUGAUCAAGGCAGCAAGAGGGUUUUAUAUGUACAUUUAUUAUUUUAUAAUAGCUCUCAUUUUAUGGAUUUUUGUGUAAGAAAAUGUCUAUGUAGCACCUCCCCCUUCUCGGAAUCAUGUUAAUUUUGAUCCUACUUAGCAGAAUAUUUGUACAGCGACCAAAGUGUUUGAUAUCUCUUGUAAUUAAAAGCAAACUAGUUUCGGAUAUUUUUCUCAGCCCUUCCCUCAAUCCCUCUUCACGAUCUCAGUUCCCUACAGCACUGGAGGUUGGCUGGUCAAUGUGAGUUGGGUCCAGCACAGCAAGUUGAUUCACUAAAUUUUAAUACAUAUUACAUAUAUUUGUAAACUCCUUCAAAGUUCUCUUACAACCAAGCGGUAUAUGCAUUUUGUUAAACAAAUAAAUAGCAUUUCCAUGGGGAUUGCACCAACUGCUGUUCAUCUGCACAGUCCAAUGCGGGUUGCCUACCAAUGGGCGUAUCCUGACAAUUACAGCCGAUCCAAUUAAUUCCUGUGCUUCCAUUUUAGUUAUCUAUGUAUAUACGCCCUUAGCUGCAGUGUUUAGCUGUUGCAAAAAUUAAUUAAUCUCAUUGUUCAAAUGAGAUCUAACCCUUUCACCAAAAGAAUAUAUGUCUCUGCCUUAUGCUGACCCAGAUCAGUGGUCCGUCUAGUGCAAUUCUCUUUACCCUGAGUAGCACCUGUGCUCCAAGGAGGAGAGGGGUCUUUCUCUAGCCUGUUACACCCCCCCCCAAAAAAAAACUUCUUUAACUAGUGACAUCAAGGAGUGAACCUGGAACCCUAUGGGGGUGUAGAACUUGAGCUCUGGCAGUGAGUUAAUGUUAUUGCUCCCAUUUUUGCCAGCAAUCUUCUUCCUUAGGUCUAGCAUGGCACACAGGGUGUUUUGCCCCACUUUACCUCUUGUCUUCCGUCCGUUCGCAAGGCAUGGUGAUGUGGUGAGGAUUGGGAAGUGGGAAGACUUAGGAGUCCUCGAAUGCUUCUACAGCGAUCUUCAGUUGUGCAACCUUGUCUAAAUCGGAGCGCUAUCUGAACAUGCAUGGCAGGAAGGUUUGUUUUGAUACAUUGCACUCAGGGGCAACAUGCCUCUUAAUUGACAUUUCCUCCUGUUUCAUCAUGCAGCACCUUGGAAGCGUUCUUUAGGAAGAGUUAAGCAGAACUGGUGGCAGAGAGAGAGAGCUGUAAAAAAGAAAGAAAGAACUUAUUCAGAAAAAUAUAGCAAAAAGCCAGUUGUGUUCUUCGGUUCUAUCUCUUGGUCACAUGUUGGUGUGACCAAGGAAGCAAACACAAUGUGGGGCUAGGCAUAUAGGAAAAGGCAGUUCUCAAUAGUGUUUGUUUCAGUUCUAUUGUAGGAAGUAGAAGUGCUGAAACUCACAGAGAGAGAGAGAGAGAGAGAGAGAGAGAGAGAGAGAGAG